CUCCCCAACUCCUUUUCAACAGUUAUCUCGUGCUUCCCCACAAGGGAGUCAGGCGCCUGACGACGCUGACUGUGUCGAGAGCCCAACUACCCAGCAGCCACCGCGUUCCCCAUCAGCGUGCGUUCCCUCUCAGGUGCUCUGCUCACUGUCCCCUCCGCCUCCGCUUCCGCUCCGCCCAUGAGCAAGCGCCAGCAGAAGCGGCAGCGCCACGAGCAGAAGAGCCAACUCCGCCGAAAGCAGCUCACAGCGGCGCUGCACGCCAAGCGCAUCGCGAGUGGGGGGGGGUUCGGUGGCGCGGGGAAGUCUCAGCGGAAGAGCGGGUCAGGAUUGGUGCAGGCGAGAGGCGGUGGGGGCUGCAAGCGGCGAGCAGCGGAGAAAGGCGGGGCGGGGAAGCGAAAGGAGGCGAGAGGAAUUGAGAGGGCGAGAAGAAGCGAUGGCGUGCCGGGAGCGGAGGGCAGGGAAGACGGCGCGGAGCGGCAAGAGAGCUCGGGCGGAAGCCCAGUGAGGGGGGAGGAGACUGCGCGGAGGGCGGAUGGAGGUGAGGGGUCUGGGAAUGGCGGGGCGGAUGCCGCAGUGAUGGAGUCGGGGCGAGGGGGUGCGGGAGGGGUUAUGGGGGAGGGGCUCCAAGGGAGCGACCAUGGUGCGGGCUGCGGGCGAGUGGAAGAAGAACGGAGAGGAGGGGGGGAGGAAGCAGGCGCAGAGGGCAAGGAUGAGGGCAGGCCUGUGGGAGUGGGGGGGAGCGAGGAAAGAAUUGGGGGGGAGGAGGGUGAGGAAGCAGAAGAGGAAGAAGGGGAAGAAGAGGAUGAGGAGGGGGAGGAUGAUGUCUAUGAGGAGGAGGGGGAGGAGGAGCACGUGGCUAGGAGAGCCAAGGUGGGAAGAGGCAAGAAAAGAGGAGGGGGGGAAGAAACGUCUGGCCUCAGAGGCUUCCACCCGUCGCAGUACCUUCUUUGCCACCGCCGACUUUUCGUCGGCCUGGUGGUUCCGGCGGGCUGAGAGGGCAGCCAGUACUCGGAGGAACUCGAGUGUGUCG